ACAACGAGUUAGCUUCUUGAUAUUGGUCAACUAUAACAUCAAAAAAAUUCCACCCCAAAAAAAUAAAAAUAAAAUAAAAUAAAAAUGCCACCCAUAAAUUUGGGAAAAUAGACCCAAAACCAGCUCGACUACUUAUACCCUGAUGAAUCUUUCAUUCAUUUGACACUUUCAUUCACAUUUUCUCUCUUCUCAACCCCAGAAAAACCACACCCAAUCAACUGCAUAAUUAGUCGAUUGAUUUCAUUUCAAAAAUGAUAGAGAAUACAAAUGAUAGCUCAAAUGUUGCUAGUUUAAGGAUGCAUAUCAUGACUGAUGAUGGUGUUAUAGACAAAUCAAUUGCUAGUCUUGGAAAAGGCUUCGAUUUAACCUCGGAUUUUCGUUUAAAGUAUUGCAAAGGCGGCGAUAAAAGGCUUGUUUUGAUCAAUGAAGAUCAAAAGAAACAGUUGUUUGUUCCUGGAUUUGGCACUCUGAAACAGCCUGUUUCUGUUGACAUCAAAUGUGAUAAGGGUGAACUUACUCGUCAUCAGUCUGAUAUCCUUGAAUUUAACCAGAUGUCAGAGUUCUUCAAUAGGAUAUCCGCGGUUUCAGGGAAGAUCCCCUCAGGUUUGUUCAAUUCAUUGUUCAAGUUCGAAAGUGGUUCGUGGGCUAAAGAUGCAGCUAAUAUAAAGUUAUUGGGGCUUGAUGGUUACUCUAUAGUUUUGUUCAAUAUGCAUAUUGCUCGUUAUCCUCUGAUUCUUUCUAAGGAGGUCCUUAAUGAUGUCCCUCCCAAAUGGGAUCCCCUUGCCAUUUCAAGGUUCAUUGAAAAAUAUGGAACUCAUAUCAUUGUUGGAAUAAGCAUUGGUGGGCAGGACACAGUUCUGGUGAAGCAAGAGAAAUCCUCGAAACUCGAUCCAGCAGAACUCAGGAAGCAUUUGUAUGAGCUUGGAGAUCAGUUGUUUACAGGCACCUGUCGCUUCAGUCCUAAAAAUCACAGAACUAAAGAGCCUAGACCAAAGGUACCAUCAGCAUUCAAUAUCUAUCAGCAACAAGCAGUUCUUUCUGAUAGCCUUUCCAAUAUCACCUCAAAAGAUGGAAUCACAGUAAUAUGUGCUAAAAGAGGAGGAGAUCCAUCUUUCAGCAACCAUGUUGAAUGGCUUCCAACAGUUCCAUUGAUGCCUGAUGUAAUCAACUUGAGCUUUAUCCCUAUAACUUCUCUUCUUAAAGAUAUUCCUGGGAAAGGUUUCCUAUCACAUGCUAUCAAUCUAUAUCUUCGUUAUAAACCCCCGAUUGCUGAUUUACAGUAUUUCUUAGACUUCCAAUCGGCCAGGGCAUGGGCGCCUUUACACAGUGAUCUCCCUUUAGCCCCUACUACAAACAUUUCACUUCCAUCUUCUACUCUUCAUUUCAACAUCAUAGGUCCAAAAUUGCACGUAAAUACUUCAAAGGUAAAUGUUGAGAACAAACCCGUUACAGGGAUGAGAUUAUACCUCGAAGGCAUGAAAUGUGACAGGUUGGCAAUUCAUCUUCAACAUCUAUCAAAUACACCACUAAUGCUACAAAACAAGAUAGACAACUCCUUAUUAUGGAGAGGGUCUUAUGAAAAAGCAGAUGACAGAUAUUCAGAACCAGUUCAGAAAAAGUUUUCACGCGUAUGCACAGCACCAGUAAAGUACGAUCCAUCCUGGACUAGUGAGCAGGAAAAGGCGGUAUAUAUUGUUACAGGAGCUCAACUUCAUACUAAAAAACAUGGUUCAAAGCAAGUUCUCCAUCUACAACUUCUAUUCUCCAAAGUAUCAAACUUUGAGAUAGUUCAGUCAGAGUGGUGUCAGGGUUCAUCAGAAUCAGCAUCACAGAGGUUGUCGAGGUUUAGUAGCCCAUCAAGUUCAGGGAGUUUGGAAGCAGAUCACAAAGAGCAUAUGGUAAUUGUUGAUUCUAGUGUUUUUCCGACUGGACCACCAGUCCCGGUUCAAAACCAGAAGUGUCUUCGGUAUGUAGAUACUACACAAACAUAUAGAGGGCCUCAAGAUAAUCCUGGUUAUUGGAUUGUUACUGGUGCUAGGUUAGGUUUGGUGAAGAACAAGAUAUGUUUGCAGGUUAAGUUCUCCUUGUUAAACAUGUGCUUGUGAUCAAGGAAAGGACCCAAUUGGUUUUAGUGUGGACCUCUAUUGGGCUUAUAAGUGGACCGGACUCUCAUCAUCCUUAUUGGGUUGCCCAAGCCCAUUUCAUAUGUAUCUGAAAUUUAACAGAUUGACUAUAUUAGGAAAUGUGACAACAUUUUCCGGACAUUCUAACAUUAUUGUACUGUAUAUAACUAGUUAUUACCAUUCAAGGGGAGUUGAUGACAUUCUUCUGCAGCUAGUUCAUUCUUGGGCUAGUACAAGAAUUUUUGCGCGUAAAUAUCAUACAGGAAGCUGGAUACAGUAAGAAGAGUUCGAAGUGUCAUGCAUGACAACCUUCUGAAAGUCAGAAUGAGUCCUGCUUGAUCAGGCAUGUAUGGUAAAGUUUACAUGUACAAAAGAGAACUCAAGAGGUUGAAGUAUUAUUGAUUUUAUUUUUUAAUUGUAAAUAUUUGGUUGGUAAAUAGGUUCAGUAUAUUGAUACCUUUUCCAAAUUUUGUAUUCUUGAGCAAUAUUGGUGUUUGAAAUUGUUGGUAAAA